AGACCUGUCCGUCGUGUUGGUUGGGAACUCGUCGACCAGACUCGGGUCAGAGUUCAGUUCCACUCAACAGUGUUAUUAUUAUCUGUUUGAUGUCGUUUUGCUUAAUUUACUUGUUAUUCUUAUCGUGACUUUAAUAAUUUUGUACACAAUAUUAUGUACAAGUUGUUCUUGUUUUGAGUCUUCACUUUCCGUCUUAUUUAUUUUUGUCAACUUGUUUUCGUAAUCGAUCGACCGAUAUUCGCUUUUCUGGUAGUUCCAUUAUAGACGCUCGUAAAUUGUUUUCGCAAUUUUUGUCAAAGUAAACGCGUACCGGUCAAUACCAUCUUUUUAAAGCGUUGACGUUCGAAGUUUUUCGCGAACGAUCGCGUGCACUAAAACACUAAGUAUAUUCAAUGGCUUCAGAAACAAUAUUUUCUGUCAAAGACAAAGUCUUUGUAAAACGACGUGGAUAUCCUGCUUGGCCUGCUCUAAUAUCUGGUAUUAAAACUAACAGUGAAUCACAAAUAAUUUAUGAUGUAUAUUUUUAUGGAACUGGUAACUACAGUGAAUGCAAAUCAGAGGUACUCAUUCUAUAUGAAGAAAACAAGUAUAAACUAGGUAAGCCCCGAAGAAAAUUAAAGAAAUUUAAAAAAUUUAUUGAAGCUCUUGAACAAAUAGAAAAUGAUACAAAAAUUGAUUUUCAACCUGAAAACAAUGUCAAAGUUGAUAUUAAAGAAUUUGUGCCACCAAUUUCCACAAAAAGCUUAAAUCAAGAAUUAUCAUUAGAAAAUGAAUCAAAAAAUGUGGAUGAAACUGAGUUAAAUUUAAAAAAUGAAGAAAAGUCAGUUAGUGAGAUAAAAAAAGAUAUAAAAGUAGUUAAAUCAAGAAAGAGAGUAUCUAAAUCUAUAAAUUUAAAAAGAAAACUAUCUGUUAGACAUGAAGAAGUCUCCAAGAAGCUAAAAACAUCAAGAAUUUAUAUGCCCACAGAAGUUCAACCUAUAGUAUUGUUGGAACCAUUGAACGAUAUUUUAUUAGAAAGAAAAAUGAAUGGAAAGCAGAAUUCUGAGACUGCAGAUAAAAAUGUUGUUGCCAAUGAACACAAUUCUGAAACUUUUAAUACAACUGAAUCUAUGCCUGAAUCAAGUGACAUUUCAUUAAAUUAUUGUGAAACUGCUGAAUCUCUUGAAAUUAAUGAUAGUGCAGAAUCAAGUGACAAAAUAUUAUCAGAUUCAAGUCGUAUAUCUCGCUUUGGUCGUAAAAUCAGGCCAAACCGAUUAUCUGACCAUGCAUUUGUUACCAAAGUGCCAAAACAUUUAAAGCCGAAAAAAGCCAAUUCCAAAACUUUAAAAAUUGAAAAUUCUGUCAAUGAUGAAACUGAUGAUUUUUUGAAACAAAAUAUCAAAACGAAAGGUUCAAAAAAAAAAGCAAGGAAGAGUUUGAAAGGUAAUGCAAUAGAAAUACUAUGUUCAUUGGACAGUUCAUCACAAGAACUUUGCCCAGUGAACAACAACAGCCAUGAAAGAAUUCCACCAAUUAAUUUGAUUAAAAAUGUCAUGGAUUCUCAUUCAAAUGUAAAAGUUGAGUGGAAAAAAAUGGAAUCAAACAAAGCAGAUCAAAUUGAUUUGCUACUAAUAGAAGUAGAUUUGCUUGAUUGUAUAAAUAAUUUAUGUUCUGCUUUAUCAAUUAAUCAUAGCAAGUUAAAUUAUGAAAUGGCAUUGAAGUCAUUGGAACAGAUUAGUGAAUUAGAAUUUAAUGCUCUUAUGUUAAAAAAACAUAAAGAUGUUGUUGAUAAAAUUAUAAAAGUGACAAAGUAUGUAGGUGAUAUGAAUAACUGGUGCUUAAGUAAUCAGGAAGCUAAUGAACAUGUUAAUAAAGCAUACCAAAUUCGAUGCAAAGCUCAAAUGGUAUUAAAUAAAUGUAUAUCAUUAUUUACGGUACUCGAUGGACAAACAUUCCAAGAAGUAUACAAUCAAGAAGUUAAUGUAUUUUUCUCAAAGACUCAACAUUUGACCAAUGAUCAGAUUUAUGGUUGUACUUCCGAAAAAUUUCUCAAAUAAUUUCUUGUUACAUAUUUGCUGCAAACAAGUGCAACUUGAUUACACUGAUUUCCUUUUUUCUUUUUUUUUAGUUUUUUGUUAUUAUUAGAAAUUUUGUAUCCAUAAGUAUUGGUUUUUAAUUGUAUCUACCUACAAUAUUUAAUAAUUUUCAUGUUAAAUUUUAUCAAAUCAAAACAAACAAAAUAAAACAAGAGGUUAAAAAAACAAUUCAUAGAA